AAAGAACUUGACAGUUCAGUUGACACGACUAGUUUCUACUACAACUUUACGUUCCGAAGUAUCGUACACACUUUCGAGUUCCCGCUGUAAACAUGGGAAAAUCAAGAGAAGAAGCGCCUUCGGGCAACUUUUCUUUCAAAAAAGAGAGUGAUCUCUCUCCAGUUGACCCUUGUCAAGGCUGGGUCAAUCCUUGCGAAUUCUGUGAUAGGAGGUUUGGCCAAUGGAUAGAUGCUGAUGAAGAAAAUCUCGCCAAAGUACCAACUAAGCCUGGAAUUUUCCAAAUGGCAUUUAAGAGCAAAAAUACUACUGAAAUCGUUAGCAUAACCCUUGACACUGACGACGUCCAAAAGGUUGCUUACGAAACUGUUGAUAAAGCCAAAGAACUUAUUGCAGACAAGAAGUCCAAAGUUACAAAGACUGUCAUCCUUUGCAGGUGGAUGGUAUUUAAGAAAGGCAAUGACAAAGAUAUUGCAGUUCUCUAUGCUCAUUGGCAUAAUUAUGAUGUUUUACCAAAGUUACUGAAAUCUUGGCCAGGUCUGGACAGUCUUCAAAAGACAGAUAGUCUAACAUUUUCUGAUAGAUUACAAAAGUGGUGCUACCCUAAAAAAGACACUUUUUGGAAGAAGCCAAAGCAACAACCUGCAAAAUUGGUGGAGGUUGUUAAACAAUGUAAAUGGACAGAGCCUUGCGAAAUUUGUGAUGCUUAUUUCACGAAGUGGGAAAGAUUGGAUGAUGUUAUCGCCCGUCACAAAUCACCUGAUUCUACUGGAAUCUAUGAGCUCGCCGUGUUUUAUGGAGAAAAAGUGGACAGGGCUGAAAUAGAUUACUGCCUCGAGAAACCUUAUACUAUUAAAAAAGAAUUGGAACGUUACAGAUAUUGGAAGGAUUACUUAAGAAAGAAAGAAUACGCUAAUAAAAAUGCAUUUCUGCAAGUGCGGUGGAUAGAGUUGCGAAGUCCAGAAAGUGACAACAGUUGCUUUCUGUAUGCUCACUUGUUCAAUGGUGACCCCGAACCAAAGGAAUAUUCUCAAAAAGGAGAAGAGAUACUUGAGAAAAACAAGCGCUUUAUUUGCCGUAUUCAGGAUAGCAAAUGGUGUUAUGUAUUAGAAGAUUUUAAAAAUCAUAAGGAAACUAAAUUUAAAAAGAAGAAGAAUAUUUUGAAUGCUGUAGAGGAAGAUAUACUCUAUCUUAACUUCAUUGAUAACUGAUGUUGUAUAUUAUUUAUAAUUCAUUAUGUGUAUUUUAAAGCACAAUUUAUUAACUAAUGCUAUGCUGUAUAUUAUGUAUAAUUUAUUUGUAAUUAAUUUUUUUUAUUUUCUCUAGUUUCU